AUGACUCCAGUGCAUACUGAUACAAAUCCGGCGGCUGUCGUAAUAAAACAACAGAAAAUUAUUAAUGGAACAAUUAAAUUCAAUAUAGGUGAUAACGUUCGUAUAAGCACAUAUAAAGGUGUAUUUGCAAAAGGUUAUUUGCGUAGUUGGUCUACAGAAAUAUUUAAAAUUAUUAAAGUAAACGAUACGAUACCUACUACUUAUCUGUUACAAGAUUAUACUGGAAACCCGAUUGCUGGUUGCUUUUAUUCAGAAGAAAUAUUGAAAACAAAUUUCCCAAAUGACUUUUUAGUAGAGAAAAUUGUACGUAAGAAGGGGAAUCUAAUGUUUGUGAAAUGGCUCGGGUUUGAUAAUACACAUAAUAGCUGGAUAAAUACAAGUGACAUUAGAAAAUAG